AUGAUGUCGAGUCGGGUAGUCGCUAUAAUGAUUUGUACUGUGUGGUUCGUUUUGCAGAUUUUCCCGUACAGUAAACGGCCGGUGUGCGCGGGCCGAGGCUUAGUUGCUUUAAUAAGUGCGCUGUGUGUGUUGAGCGAGCCAGUCGGCCGACAACCCGAGGCCAAGUCUCGUUCAUUGAGGGUUAUGUGUUGUGGGGCUUCGGGAAUCGAUGCUGCCAUGAAGUGGCUCCGGAUAUUUGGCGGCGAUCAUGCGCCGCAACCCGCCGACAAACGUGGCGGCAAUUUGUUCCUCGUCAAGAUCAUGCUCCUCGACGACACGGAAAUCGUGCAUGAAAUCUCUCAUUGGCUAGACGCGACAAAGAAGGUUUCAAAGAGAAUCAAAGGAUCUCCGGGCCCGUGUACGCUUUAUUUCGGAGUGAAGUUUUAUGCCGCAGAUCCUUGUAAACUUGUGGAGGAAAUAACAAGGUACCAUUUUUUCUUGCAAGUGAAGAAGGAUAUUCUUCAGGGGAGACUUCCGGUGACCUUUGACUUGGCUGCUGAAUUGGGGAGCUAUGCCGUGCAAUAUGAGAAGAGGCGAAGCAAUGCCUUUCUCUUCAAAAUUUCCCGGAUUUUCGAAAAACGACCAAGUUUGAGCCGCCCAAGAGUUGCGACAAUUCGAAUGUUUUUUAGCCCCACAGCAGUUGUUAUGGGUCAAGUUCCUGCUGUUGCGGAAAUGAAGUUUCUGGAGAAGAUUAAAUGGCUGGACUUGUAUGGUGUUGACUUGCACCACGUCAUGGGAGAAGGAAAUAUUGAGUAUUUCCUGGGCCUGACGCCGAGCGGAGUCCUGGUGUUGAAGAACAAGUCCAAAGUUGGCUACUAUUUUUGGCCCAGGAUUUCAAAAGUCUACUUUCAACGCCGAUAUUUCAUGCUGAGAGUGAAAGAUGGUGCUUCGCAAGAACGAACGUUCGGGUUUGAGUUGCCCACGAGACAAGCUUGCAAGCAUUUGUGGAGGUGUUGUGUGGAGCACCAUGCUUUCUUCCGACUCACCGGGGGAGGGCCUGCAACGGGCCUGGGAAACAAACCUCCAGCCACGCCGAAACUAACCACGAAGGCUUUCUCUUUCGUCUCGAAAUUUCGUUACAGUGGUAGAACGCAGAAAGAAGCCAUGGAGGAUGCUAAACGAAACGCCAGGACGCCGCCUCCAGAUUUCCCCAGGAGGGUCAGCAAGCGGCAGAAUUAUUUGAAACAGCGUCGAAUUGCAUCAGGGAACCCAUCGUUUUCUGACAGUGAAUUGGCUUGUGAUAACAAGGAGAACCUCAGAUCCUUGAAUGGGUCGACUGGAUCUUCUUCCACUCUCCCGAGAAUUUUUCUUUCUGUACCGAAGCCAAAAGCCAACAGUGUGAUUUUGCCAGAUUCUCCUCAAAGCAGUCGGCCAGGGACUAGGUGGAACUCUCAAAGGGGUCUGUUUUCCAAUCAGAGUCCAAGAUCGAUCAGGUCAGCAGAAGUCAGUCGCAGACGCUUACACAAAAGUGAGCAAACAUUGGGUAGGAGUUCCAGCGUGGACAGCAUCACCAGCAACGACAGUUCCAGGCGUUGUCGCAAAAGGCACCAUCACCAUUCCAGUAGACAUAACUCCGACAACGAAAGUGAGAAAUCAACGCGAUCCGGGGUCAGCAACAGACAUCACCAUUUUUAUCAGAAUAGAGCGAGUAGGAAUGUGAUGAGUGGAAAAGAGUCUGAGUCAGAUUUCUCAGAUCCGCAGGCUAUCCAACGGAGGGCGAAUCAGAACGUGGAUGCUUUAAAGCAUAAAACAGAGGAUGAAGUCUGGAGGAGUGCCGAAAGUGGCCAUGAUGUGGAGCAGAGAAUCCGGAGGACGCAUCGUCGGCCAGGGACUAGGUGGAACUCUCAAAGGGGUCUGUUUUCCAAUCAGAGUCCAAGAUCGAUCAGGUCAGCAGAAGUCAGUCGCAGACGCUUACACAAAAGUGAGCAAACAUUGGGUAGGAGUUCCAGCGUGGACAGCAUCACCAGCAACGACAGUUCCAGGCGUUGUCGCAAAAGGCACCAUCACCAUUCCAGUAGACAUAACUCCGACAACGAAAGUGAGAAAUCAACGCGAUCCGGGGUCAGCAACAGACAUCACCAUUUUUAUCAGAAUAGAGCGAGUAGGAAUGUGAUGAGUGGAAAAGAGUCUGAGUCAGAUUUCUCAGAUCCGCAGGCUAUCCAACGGAGGGCGAAUCAGAACGUGGAUGCUUUAAAGCAUAAAACAGAGGAUGAAGUCUGGAGGAGUGCCGAAAGUGGCCAUGAUGUGGAGCAGAGAAUCCGGAGGACGCAUCGUUCCAGAUCAAGGAGUCCUGGGGCUGCUGCAUCUCGAGCAAGAAACCAACUGUUACCAGAGCAGGUGAGACAACAUAUGGCCUUCAAUCUAGUGGACCCAAGUGAGCACGGAAUGUCCGUGGACCAGCUGAGGGACAUCCCGUACACCAAGGUGGAAACAGAUGGACGCCCUCUCAAGAUCCAUUACUCGCCUCAGGCCAAAAAGGUCUACGUGAAAAAAGGGGUGGGAACUCCGGCCUUUCCGUCCAAACGUCUUCAAGCGUGUAGAAGCUAG